AGAGCGGUACCUAUCAAGAAGUGGUAAAAAACGUUUAGUAGCCAAAAUUAUAUUAAAUUUUCAUUGAAAGUGAUAAACAUUUGUGUUGAAGUAUGUUCCGUUCAUAUAAGGACGUUUCGUUUGAAUCAAAACCGAAGGAAAAGUGCGAAUUUGAGAUAGAUGAAGGAUUUUUUUGCGAUCUAUGCACUUCUGGCCCGUUUUCCACCGAAUUAGAUGUUGAUAUUCAUCGUAGGAACGCUCAUAAAUGGGAAUUAUUAAAGUCUUUAAGAGAUGAAGACGUUCUAAUGUGUUCUAUAUGCCUCUACAUUCAGAAAGAUAAAGAAUCCCUAAUACAACACAUUCUGAGCAGCCACCUAUGUUCUGCACCUGACGCAAAAAUAAUUAACCGAGAACUCUACAUCUGUGACCAUUGUAACCGCUUAUUCUUCAACAAGGACCUACUUAUAAUGCAUAUCUACCAUUAUCAUUUACCGAAGGAAGUCAAACAAGUUUCAAAUAUACGUCACAACUGUCCGAAAUGCUUGAAAAGUAUUCCAGGGAAGUCGACAUGGUUUCAUCUUCUCUAUCAUGGUAUCUUCAACUCUAGAACAUGUCCAAUAUGCCUGACAUCUUUCAAUAGAACCACCGAUGUACUAAAUCAUUUAAAGAGUCACAAACCGUACUUGAAGUGCAACAUCUGUGGUUUUACAACGAUGAAGGAGCGUUUCUUUACAAGUCACUUAGAGAAACAUAAGAAAGAUGUGUAUUUAAAUGAACAGGAUGAUGUUUCUAAGUAUUUCACACCCCAAAACGAGUUCCAUUCGUUACAAAACAGGCAGUCGCAUACAUUGAAAGGUGUACCGUUUGCUAACGAAGUGAGGAUCUGUGUGUUGUGUAGAACGGUGUGUCUAAGUUAUGAAGAAAUGGUUGCUCACAUAUACGGUGACCAUUAUCCUGGUGAGAAGGAGAAGAGUAAGAAGUACCAGUGUCUUUGCGGUGAAGAUUUCUUCAAUAAUGUGUUAUUGAAGCACCAUGUGUUCAAAAUGAGAAGCGGACAUGCUGUUUUGGAGGCUGAAGAAGAGAAUGGCGAAAUCGGCGGACACCUGUGUACAUGUGGCCUACAAUUCCCCAACAACUUGCUGCUAAAACAUCACCUGGUGCAGGUCAACUCUAUGCAUGGCGUUUGUGAUGGCACAGAAAUGGUCACAGAGCAACAACCCUCGAGUGAAAUUGUUUUUCUGAAUAUGAUAUAGAUCAACCGAUGGAAGUCAAAGUAGGAGAUUUGGUCAUUGGAGUAUAGAUAGAUGUACGGCAAUAGACUCACCCCCUAUUACAUGGGACUUAUAAUAUAAAUAGUGAAAAGUGGGUGUUACAUUGUACAGUGGCAUUAAGUAGCGUAAUGUGCACUUUUGCCUAUUCCUUCGGGGGUAAAAGGCGUGAUGUUAUGUGCUAUCCAAGGUUUGGUAUUAGGGCUCACACUGUCAUAGACUUGCACUCUUACGGCUAGGCUUAACUGUCUAUCUAUCUUUAGAUUUAAUUUCUACUAGCUAUACCGCAAUUUCGUCUGCGUUUUUCCGAAGUAAAAAUAACCUAUGUUACCCCUUAGUACAUUAGCUAUCUGCCAAUAAAAAUCCCAUCAAAAUCGGUCCAGUAAUUUCAGAGAUUAGCCAGUAUAA